AUGGACAACCGCAAGCACCCAAGCUCCUUCCAGCAGCUGGAGAAGCUCCGUGAAGGCACAUAUGCCACAGUCUUCAAGGGCAGCCGCCAGACCAACAAGUUUGUCGCGCUCAAGGAGAUCUACCUGGACUCUAAGGAGGGCACUCCAUCGACGGCAAUCCGCGAGAUCUCGCUCAUGAAGGAGCUGAAGCACGAGAACAUUGUCUCUCUGUACGACGUCAUUCACACAGAGAACAAGCUCAUGCUCAUCUUCGAGUAUAUGGACAAGGAUCUGAAGAAGUAUAUGGACUCCCACGGUGACCGUGGCCAGCUCGACCCGCCCACCAUCAAGUCAUUCAUGUUCCAGCUCCUGGUCGCGGCAUUGCCUUCUGUCACGAGAACCAUGUCCUGCGUUGCGAUCUGA